AUGCCCUCCACGAACGAUAGAUGUAUCGCCCAUCUAGACAUCAAAGGGCAGGAGCCCCUCAAUGCAGAGCCAGACGUCCUCUCACUUGUGCAGUUCACUCACACGCCUGACGAACUCGUUUAUUGUCGCAACCACUCCUCUAUCGAGGCUUUAGAUGCUGAGACUUACAAGCUGAAAAUAGAUGGAAUCGUGGAGAAAUCACUGGAGUUCACACUCUCGGACUUUAUGCAUGCUUUUCCUUUGCGCGUCAAAAUCGUGGCUGCUCUUCAAUGUGCCGGAAACCGACGGAAAAAGAUGGCUGACGUGAAACAGAAAGACGUAGAAGGUAUCAAAUGGGGCGAAGCCACCAUUGCCAACGUCCGCUUCACAGGCGUACCGCUACGGAACGUGCUCCUCGCUGCUGGGCUGACGUGCAAGGAUGAUCGAGACGCAGUCAGAAAGCUUCACGUGUGUUUUGCGUCGCAUGUAUCUGGAUGCCAGGAUGACGGCUGGUAUGGUGCAUCUAUACCACUCGAAAAGGCUCUGGAUGAGAGUGGCGAUGUUAUGGUCGCUCUGGAGAUGAACGGACAUCCUCUUGCUCCUGCCCACGGCUUUCCCUUUCGAAUGGUCGUCCCGGGCUACACCGGCGCUCGCUGGGUAAAAUGGCUUGACCGUAUCACCGUCUCUCCAACCGAGUCUUCAAAUUUCUACCAACAACGAGAUUACAAAAUACUACCUCCCCAUGUCGAGACACGCGAGCAAGCAAAGGCGGAAUCCUGGUGGUCGAAGAUGCCCCCUAUAACAGCUAAUCCUCUCAACUCCGUGAUCGCCACAGCGCGAGUUAUUCCUCCAGAGCUUACUCGUGGCCUGUCGCACUCGACCUCAACCGUUUCUCCGGGAUCGACAUCUAUUACGAUCCUUGCUAAAGGUUACGCCAUCCCCUCAGACUCAGGCCAGAUCACUUCGGUCUGCAUAAGUUGCAACAAAGGCCGAACGUGGAAGCCCGCUAGGAUCACGUAUCAAGAGGGCAGAUGGAGCUGGACGCUCUGGGAGGCGACUGUUACCGUCGAUGUGGCAGACUUUUACGCACACGGUGGAGAAGAUGGUGCUGGAAUUAAUGAAGGCGAGCCUAAGAAGGGUCGGAAGGUCGUGCUAUGGAGUCGAGCGGAGGACGAGAGCGGGAAGAAACAAGAGCUGGAGUGUGAUUGGAAUUUGAGGGGCGUUGGGUAUGCUGGUGUUGGGGAGUAUGAGAUUAUUUUAUGA